AUGCGGCACACCUCGGCCGUCCUCUGCUCUGCCUCCCGAGCGUCCGUCUUGACGAGAAGAGGAAGCCCGUUUGUGCCAUCCAGCCGCUCCUCUCCGACCAUCAUCCGCUCCUCUCCGACCGUCAUCCGCUCUCGCCGCCCGUACCUCACAGACUCCCUCCGCAGUCACCAAGCUAGAAAGAUGGCUCCCCAGCUCGACUCGUACUUUAAGCAGGUCGACGCCUCGGCCGACGACUUUGUCGAGCGUCUCCGCAAGGCCGUCGCCAUCCCCUCCAUCUCGGCCGAGGAUGCCCGCCGUCCCGACGUCGUCCGCAUGGGCGAGUGGCUCGCCGGCGAGCUCAAGUCGCUCGGCGUCGAGGUCGAGCUGCGGCCGUUGGGCAAGCAGCCGCACAAGGAGCACCUCGACCUCCCUCCCGUCGUCCUCGGCCGGUACGGAAACGACAAGAGCAAGCGCACCAUCCUCGUCUACGGCCACUACGACGUGCAGCCGGCGGACAAGAGCGACGGCUGGGCGACGGAGCCGUUCGACCUCAAGGUGGACGACAAGGGCCGCAUGUUCGGCCGCGGCUCGACCGACGACAAGGGCCCCGUCCUGGGCUGGCUCAACGCCAUCGACGCGCACCAAAAGGCCGGCGUCGACUUUCCCGUCAACCUGCUCAUGUGCUUCGAGGGCAUGGAGGAGUACGGCUCCGAGGGCUUGGACGACCUCAUCGUCGCCGAGGCCAAGAAGUUCUUCGCCGACGCCGACGCCGUCUGCAUCUCGGACAACUACUGGCUCGGGACGGAGAAGCCGUGCCUCACCUACGGCCUGCGCGGCUGCAACUACUACUCGAUCGAGGUGUCGGGCCCCGGCGCCGACCUCCACAGCGGCGUCUUUGGCGGCACCGCGCAGGAGCCCAUGACGGAUCUCGUGCGGCUGCUCGGGUCGCUCGUCGACACGCACGGCAAGAUCCAGAUCCCCGGCAUCAUGGAGCAGGUGGCGCCCGUGACGAAGGAGGAGGAGAGCCUCUACGACGGCAUCUCCUUUACCAUGGACAACAUCUUCGAGUCCCUCGGCAGCCAGACGACGAUCCACGACGACAAGAAGAGCACGCUCAUGGCACGUUGGCGGUACCCCUCGCUCUCCAUACACGGUGUCGAGGGCGCCUUUUCCAGCCCCGGCGCCAAGACGGUGAUCCCCGCCAAGGUGGUUGGCAAGUUCUCGAUCCGAACGGUGCCCAACAUGGACAUUGACACGACCAACGCCGCCGUCUUCCGGUACGUCGAGGAGCAGUUUUCCAAGCUCGGCAGCAAGAACACGAUGAAGGUGUUUGCCCAGCACACGGGCAAGUGGUGGGCCGCCUCGCCGAAGCACUGGAACUUUUCCGCCGCGGCCAAGGCGACGGAGCGCGUUUGGGGCGUGAAGCCCGACUUUACGCGCGAAGGUGGGAGCAUCCCCGUGACGCUGACGUUUGAGGAAGCGACGGGCAAGAAUGUAUUGCUGCUGCCCAUGGGCAGCUCGACGGACGGCGCACACUCCAUCAACGAGAAGCUGGACAAGCGAAACUACAUUGAGGGCACCAAGCUGCUGGGCGCCUACCUCCACUACGUCGCCGAGGAGCCGCAAUCGUAG